GUAUAACGCCGAAAGUCGUUGCAGGUGUAUAUAGUUCUUGAGUAGGAAAACGAAUUGAUAUUAGAAACUAUUAACUCUCUAAGCUAUUCAACGGUAUAAAAUAUUCGUGGCUUUGCUUUCCAAACACAAAUAGUGGUUGAAAUUAAUGAAAAAUUAAAUUGGAUUUUUUUUUGCAUUUAAGACUCGAUUAGAAAUAAAAUUGACAUUUGAGAAUGGUUUCGUUGGCAAAAGUUGGUCAAGGUCAGAGUAUGCAAACGACGGAUAGAGUGGAAGGUACUUAUAUCUCAAUUCCACAAUUUUACGCUAGUAGGAGUGUAUUCAUAACUGGAGGCACCGGUUUUAUGGGAAAGAUCUUGGUAGAAAAACUGCUGCGAUCGUGUCCAGAAAUCGAAAAUAUUUAUUUGUUGAUGAGGCCAAAGCGUGGUCAAGACGUUUCGUCUAGAUUAAAUGAUUUACUUAAUUCGAAUAUCUACGAUACGAUCCGAAGAGAGAAAUUGGACGAUUUGAAAAAGGUUGUUCCGAUUCGUGGCGAUGUAACACUUAUGCAGCUGGGUAUAUCCGAAAGUGAUCAAGAACUACUUUGCCGAAAUGUAUCGGUCGUAUAUCACUUAGCCGCAACAAUUAAAUUUGAUGAGAAACUGGAGCUGGCGGCUAAAAUAAAUAUGUUGGGCACAAGGAGCUUAUUGGAAUUAUGUCGUCGAAUGACGCAUUUGGAUGCUUUAGUGCAUGUAUCGACUGCAUUUUGCAAUUGUGAUCGAAGCGAAAUUCAAGAAAUUGUCUAUCCGCCACCAUAUGAUCCAGCCGAUAUUAUCAAUUUGGUCAGAUGGUUGCCUGAAGAUAUUUUAGAAAAAAUGACACCACUGUUGAUUGGUAAACGUCCAAACACAUACACAUUCACUAAGGCGCUAACUGAACAGAUGAUACUGAAAGAAGCCGGAAGUUUGCCAGUCGCUAUUGUUCGGCCAUCAAUAGUUGUUGCUUGCUAUAAAGAGCCUACACCUGGUUGGUUGGACUGUUUCAGCGGACCAACUUACUUACUGGCAGCUAUAGGCAACGGUGUACUUCGUACAGUUAUGCUGGAAAACGACUUUCUAUGCGACAUGGUUCCAGUUGAUUUUGUCAGCAAUAUGAUGAUAACAAUAUCCUGGCGAACAGCGACUGCUAAACCUCGCCGUAUUAUCGUGUACAAUUGUGUAAAUAGCAACCGACAACCGAUAACGUGGUCCCAAUUUGUAAAUAAUUCUUUAACGCAUAUCAUUCGACAUCCGCUGGAAGGUGUUAUUUGGUAUCCAACCGCUAUAUUGCAUACGAAUCGAUUAAAGCAUACGAUUCUGCAUUAUUUGGUACAUUAUCUACCAGCAUAUGUUCUUGACCUUGUAUCAUGGUCAGUGGGUAAAAGACAAAUUAUGGUCAAAACUCAAAACCGGUUAACUGAAGCAGCUGAAAUCGGAAGGUACUUCGUAACGAAUCAAUGGUACUUCACUGAUGACAAUAUGCGCGAAUUGUUGACUUUUAUGAGCUCCAGCGAUCGAAAUACCUUUCAAUUCGAUGUUACGCAAAUCAACUGGAAUUCUUUCUAUGAACCAUUUGCAGUGGGACUAAGAACAUUCGUGUUCAAGCAAAAUCCGAAAUCAUUGCCAAACAGUAGAAAGAGAAUGACAAGAUUAUAUCUGUUGCACCAAACGUCCAAAUUUCUGUUAGCUUCAUGCACAAUCAUAUCCGUGUGGAGAUCCUUUGUAUAUUUACGCGGCGCUUUCCGUUGAGUCA